CCCGUGAGUACGAAAACAACCCCAGGUGGUGGAAAAGAUUCAUUUUGUCUUCAAAACAAAUGGCUUCUAUAACAGAACGCGCCAUUCCGACCGGGAGUCUCGUCGUGGUGAGUGGAGCGAAUGGGUUUAUUGCAAGCCAUGUUGUCGAUCAGCUUCUGUUGGCCGGCUAUCGCGUCAGGGGAACUGUCCGCAACUCCCACAAGUCUGCAUGGUUAAUUGACUAUUUUGGCAACAAAUAUGGCCCCGGCAAGUUAGAGCUGAUUGAAGUGCCGGAAAUGGCCAAGGAUGGAGCUUUCGACGAAGCAGUAAAAGGCGCCUCCGGAUUCAUCCACACAGCAACACCAGUCAUGGUGUCGUACGAUCCAAAUGAAGGCAUCCCAAUCGUGGUCAACGGUACUCUGAACGCGCUCAAAGCUGCGGCCAGUGAGCCCUCAGUCAAGCGCUUUGUGCUGACUUCGUCCUCCACUGCUGCCAUCAGUCCAAAGCCGAAUGUCGAGUUCAGCGCAGAUGAAUCGACCUGGAACGACGAAGCUGUAAAAGCAGCCUGGGCUCCUCCUCCCUACGAAGGCGAACAGAGAAAGCUGGAUGUGUACUCGGCUAGUAAGACACAGGGCGAGCAGGCUGCUUGGAAGUUCAUGAAAGAGGAAAAGCCUGGGUUUGUCUUGAACACAGUCCUCCCAAACUGCAACAUGGGUCCAGUGCUCUCACCUGAGCAUCAAGGGGCGCCAAGCACAGUCGGCUGGCUCAAGGCACUCUGGAACGAGUUCAAGGGCCAAGAGAAACUCGCAUUCAACCCGCCGCAGUACUAUGUGAACGUCCAAGACAAUGCCCGCGUUCACGUUGGCGCCUUGAUUUGUCCGGAUGUCCAAGGAGAGCGCCUGUUCGCGUUCGCGUACCCUUUCAAUUGGAAUGACAUUCUGGCCAUAUACAGGAAGUUGUACCCUGAACACAAGUUCAUGGAUGAUAUGCCCAAUCUCGGCAGGGAUCUGAGCAAAAUUUCAAACGGAAGGGCGGAGGAAAUUGUGAGACGAUUUGGAAAGCCAGGGUGGGCGAGCUUGGAGGACACGGUCCGUGACGCAACAAAGGGUUGGGCCUGAGUGAGCUGGAGUGGAGGAUGUAAGGGGAGGGAGGAAGUGGUGUUCGCGGGUUUGGAGGAAAGGUAAUAGUCACAGGCUGCUCACGUGAUUUAUCUUCUCACGUGACAAUGGUACUUCGGGAGGCCUCGUCACGAAGUCGCAGUUCCGAGCCCAGCCCCGACUUUUU